CCGGGAGAAAGACAACUUGGGAAACCAUAAAGAGGAACAUCGCGGCGGGAGACAUGGACCAAGUGUUCCAUCACCAAAUCAAGGUCGAACGAAAGAAAAGAAAGGCAGUAGGGACGAUCCAAGAAACGAAUAGUGUACUAGGAGGAGUGCUGAGCAAUAUGGCAAAUGAGAUAAAAAAGCUUAGGGAAAGAGUGACACCAUCGAAAGUGUUAACAUUGACACAACCAUCAGGAAAAAGAAGAAAGGAAGAGGAAGAUGCAGAGGAAGAGGCCGAAGAUGGAGAACCAGAAGGAACGGGCAAACUGACCAAGUGUCAGAGGAAGGCUAAAAAUAUCGCUAUCGGAGGACAAGGGUCAGGAAAAGGACAAGUAACUCAACAAGCGAUAGUCCAGUAUGGACAGGAGCCGUCAACGAGCACAGCUCGAUGUGGUCAAUGGCCCGUGGGUCCGCCGAUGGGAGCAUGGCCUGGGUACUUCCCAAUAGGGUCCUGGCCUACGCAGGGUCAGUAUCCUAUGUUACCUCAGAAUCAGAAUUUGAGAGGAGACCAAAACACGGGGCAACUCCAACUAACCGGACAGAACCAACCAGGAUCGAGUCGCCAAGGAGGACAAAACCAGAACAGAUCCCAAGGACAAGGACAAGGACAAGGACGUGGAAGAGGUAGGAAUGUUGGUAGGAAUCAAGGACCAGGGGAACGAGGAGCAGGAAAUAGAGGAAGUGGGUAUCAAGGUGGAAAUUGGGGACAGCUCCAAGGGGGUGCGAAUCCGGUAGGGCAAGAAUACCAGCAGGGGUAUGGUCGUGGUUACGACCAAGGCUAUGAAGGGGGUUUUGGUAGAGGAAAUGGGUCAUGGAACGGACAGGGUUUUGGCAGAGGAUGGAUAGUCUACAGCGAAUGCAUCUGUACCCACUGUGGAAUCAAGGGACACACAGUAAAGCGAUGCCACGUUAGGAAACUUGACGAGCGAGAUGGACUCAUAACAUCAAACACAGAUGGCGAGGUGUUUGACAGAACAGGAAGGGCGAUCGAUCCUGAGAGUCCGGGAGGCACUAGAGAAAAGGCCCUUCGCAUAGCUGCACUAGGUCCCAACGCCCCGGGAAUGUUCAGAAUGCGUGACCCUUGGGAAGAAGAAGUCAUGGCGCAGAGAGGAGCAGUGGCAGGGCCCUCUGGACCUGCCUUGAGAAAAAGAGGCCAAAGGAGGGAUCAGAGAGUCUCAAGGAGCCUGGAGGAGUUGCCCAUUUACAGGGCUGGAGACAACCUGCGAAUAUUCCUGCGAGACCUUGAAGAGUACUCAUUCAAGAAAGAAUGGGGUAACAGAGAGAAAAUUGCGAAUGUGAGUGGGGCAGGAAUGUACAAGAGGAGAAUUGAAGGGGUGGUGGCAGGGUGCACAGGGUGGAAAGUAUGCAAGGAGAGGUUAUGGAAGGACAUGGGGACCUUCCCAAGGGACGAUGUGGAGGAUGAUUUAAAAUUUGAUGGAACCAAUCUGGAUGACUUUAUCGAGAGCUUGCAGCAAGCCGCAGAGAGAGGCGAGUGGAACAAGGAGGAAAAGAAAAAACAAUUGAUCGCAAGAUCAGAAGAGAGUGAAAGGGAGGAAGUAAAAAGAAUUGUGGAAGGGAGUCGGACAUGGAAGAGAAUAACAGCAGAAUUGUGGAUGGCCUACACCCAGGCCAGACAGGAUCAGACAAGAAAGGAAAGGCUGCAAAAGAAGGGGCUAUGGAUUGGAAGAGAGGUGGUUGAGCCACAGGAGAAAGGGGCAGAGAAUGAAGAAGGGGAUAGUGUGCCUCUGAAGAGAUUGAAGGACAAGACGAGGGUCUCCCCCAAAAGCAGCAGCCAGGGAUCUGACCAGGCUGAGGGUGAUGAACAGAAAGAGAAGGAGGCAACAGAAGGGAGGAAAGGAAGCAUGGGGGCAAAUGUGGUACCAAGGAAAAGAAAACUUGGAAAGAAAAGGGCAAUUGAAAGUGGAAGGAAAGAGGUACAGGAAGGAGGAGUGAAAAGGAGGGAGGAGUAAAGGAAGAUGGAGAAGGAAAAAGGAUCCAGCAAGGAGGCAAGGCACCCAAGGUCAAGUGAACUGAGGAAGAGGGACCAAUUGGAGACAGAGAAAGGGAAGAGGCAAGUGGGAUAAGAAGGAAGGAAGAUGAGAGGGAUGCCCAGGUGGAAAAGUUGAUAAGAAAUAUGGAAGAGAUGAGGGAGGAAAUGAAGGGAUUGAAGAAAGGGAAGGAGAAAUUACAUAAAGAAGUGAACCAAUUGAGGGCCGCCCUGACUAUGAGCGACAUAAAAUUGGAGAAUGAAGCGGCCACGAUAGG